CAUUGUUUUAGGGAAGACCUGCCGUGCCUGUGGGUGUGAUGGCCAGACCUCUCGACCUCUGUUAAUUACCUCUUGAGAGGAAUCUCAAAUCAUAAUGGAUGCUGAGUAUGUCCUAUGCAAUUGGAAAGGCCACGUUUGGCCAGCAAAGGUUUUGUCCAGAGCUAGGACCUCACCAAGACAUAAGAGGAAAGGGGCACUUUUUCUCGAAGUUGAAAUACUCUCGGUAGACGAAAAAAUUAAAGUGAAAACCACAGACACAAAGAUCCUAAAUGAGUCUCAAACUGAAUACGUUGCCUCCUUGCUGAUAGCCGAGUCGAAGGCCAGUGUCCCACCAGGACAGGAAGUGCCCUACAGAAACGCUCUUGCAGUGGCCCUACAGAUUCUGAAUGAGAGAGCGAAUUUGGGUCCAGCAAGAGCAUCAGAUGAUCCAGAGACCACAAAGGGGACCACAAAGGCGUCCCAAAGGGGGCCACAAAAGCGAUCUCGUAAAAAGUUCCGGAAGCCCAAAGGCAGCUUACUGAGGCGUCUUAGGAGAAGCAAAAAACUCAAAUCGUUGCUGGUAUGCUCACAGACUGAGGACGCCCCAGGCGGUGGCCAACCACAGGCACACAGAACCGUCAUGCCUAUUCCCAGGAAAACGCGAGCGGAGCCCUCACAAAGCUCCAGCACGUACCCAAACUUCCCAUCACGUGCAGAAGAUGAUUAUGAGAAAGAGGGCAAGGAAAAGAGGCACACCUUGAGAGUCAGGGCCCUGCAUCGCCCUGUCAAGGAGGAGGGUACAGGUGCUAAAGAUGGAGGCACCCUUCCAUCUCCGCCACCAGGUUUCAACCUCGCUGUACCCAAGGCUCUGAAAGAAGAGGCCCAUGACACCUACCUAAAGACCCUGGCCGUCUCCUCCGAAUGCUCUGCCCUCUCCGGGAAUGUUGAGGACCACAGAGAGGGUCCCCAGAAGCCAGGCUUGGAAGGUGCGGCGGCAUCCUCCGGUGCCCCUCCCCCGAGGCUGCGUUAUUCACUCCGUCUCGCAAAUAAAAAAAGGAAGCUGCAGGUACUAGAGUUUGAGAAAGGGCUGCAAGAACUUCAGCCUUCAGUCAGCUCGAAGGCCGUUAACCCCACCACUGCUGUUAGAAAGGAUGUCGGCAAGGAAAUGGGGCAACCGAUAAGCAUGGCUUUUCCACAAGAGCCUUGUCCCAUUGAAGGAGGAAUGAUGGUCUGGUUUAAAUUUCAGAAUCACCCAUUUUGGCCAGCAGUGGUAAAGAGUGUCAGCCAAACAGAGCAGACUGCAAGGGUGCUUUUGAUUGAGGCAAACAUGCCCUGUGACACGAGUGGCAUUCAAGUUCCUCUUCGAAGAUUAAAACAUCUGGACUGUAAGGAGAAGGAAAAACUAAUGAAGAGAGCCGGGAAAGUGUACGAGCAAAGUGUGAACUGGUGUUUCUCCCUGAUUUCCCACUACAGAGAAGGGCUCGGUCGUGGGUCUUUUGCAGGCUCUUUCCUGGACUAUUAUGCUGCUGAUAUCAGUUACCCAAUUAGGAAAGCCAUCAAGGACGGGGACGUGGAGAUCGCCUUCCCAAAGGUUAAUUAUGCCGACCUGGAAGAUUCUGAGGAGGAGGCCUCCCUGGGUGGGAGGAGUCCCUGCAAGAAAAUUCUCCCGGACCGGAUGAGGGCUGCUCGGGACCGAGCCAACCAGAAGCUCGUGGACUUCAUUGUGAAAAGAAAGGGAGCCGAUCACCACCUCCUGGACAUCGUCAAAGGCAGGAAACAGUCCAGGUGGCUGGCAUCAUUUCUGAAUUCAAGCAGGUACGUGAUCUGCAUUGAAACAUACCUGGAGGAUGAAGACCAGUUGGAUGUCGUGGUAAGACAUUUACAAGAAAUCUACAAACAGAUAGACAAGAAAAUGCUGACUCUGGCAAGAGAUGACAAGGUGAGUUUUGUUCUGGAAGUUCUUCUGCCAGAAGCAAUCAUUUGUUCAAUUGCUGCACUUGAUGGAUUAGGUUACGAGGAGGCAGAACAAAAGUACCUAAAGGGGCCACCGGUGCAUUACCGGGAAAAAGAGCUAUUUGAUAAAAAUAUUCUAAAGGGAAUGAGAAAGAGAGCAGCAACAAGGGGCAAAGCUAAAUAACUCUUCUUGUGCCCACACUUUAGCAGGGAGACCUCUCA